CGGCCACCAGGCGGGUGCACCUGCCGGCACCCCACUUCCCCGGGGCCCCGGGACUCCCCUCCCGGCCGCGGAGGACCCGCCCCGCCCCCCUCUCGCGGCCCGGCAGGAAGGGGCGGUGCCUGCCGGCGGGCUGUGCUGUAGCCCCGCGUUGUCAUAGCGACCCCGGCCGGGGCCUGGGACCCCGCAGCGCGCUCUGCGGGCUGCGAUUGAGGCGGAGGCGGUGACACCCCAUCCCGCCCAGGGGGGGACCCCGGGUCCAGGCUCCGCCGCCGGGCAGCGCCCUCUGGCCCCGCCGAAGCAGCCAACAUGCCUAUCUCCAAGUGCCCACCCAAGUCCCAGCCCCCGUGGAAGGAAUGGGACCAAAAGGCCCAGAAGAAUGGCCUGAGACACCAGGUCCAUGCUGUCAAUGGUGACCGCUACGUGGGCGAGUGGAAGGACAACAUGAAACAUGGAAAAGGAACACAGAUCUGGAAGAAGAAAGGGACCAUCUAUGAGGGGGACUGGAAGUUUGGGAAGCGAGAUGGCUAUGGCACCCUCAGCCGUCCUGACAAAGAAAAAGGAAAGUACAGGAAAGUAUAUUCGGGCUGGUGGAAAGGCGAUAAGAAAUCGGGCUAUGGGAUCCAGUUUUACGGACCCAACGAGUACUACGAAGGUGAGUGGUGUAGCGACCAGCGCUGCGGGUGGGGCCGCAUGUACUACAGCAAUGGUGACAUCUACGAGGGCCAAUGGUGGAACGACAAGCCGGACGGGGAGGGCAUGCAGCGCCUGAAGAACGGGAACCGCUAUGAGGGCUACUGGCAGGGAGGCCUGAAGAACGGGCCGGGACGAUUCUUCCACCUGGACCACGGUCAGCUAUUUGAAGGCUUCUGGGUGGACAACAUAGCCAAGUGUGGCACCAUGACUGACUUCGGCCGAGAUGAGGCUCCGGAGCCUACCCAGUUCCCCAUUCCUCAGGUGGAAGUUGUAGAUCCCGACGGUGUGCUGGAGGAAGCGUUGGCCAUGGUCAAGAAGAAAGAUGAGCCCAGUGAAGCAGGAACCAAGAGGUCACGAAGAACAAGGAGACCGAUACCAGAGACUCUCAGAGCUUCAGGAGAAAAUCAAGUCCGCAUCAUCCAACUGCUCAAACCGGUGGAGGAGUGAGUGGUGACUCCGGGCACACCCUUGGCAUCCACAGAGAGCACCUCAUCCUCCCAGCACUGGAUCCUCCUUUGUCAAUAGGGGCCAGUGCUUCUCUCCCCAGCUGGCCUUGGGGGUCCUCUUGUUACAGCUUUUAUUCUAGGCCCCUAUCCCUGAGUGCAGGAGAAUAAAGGAGUACGUGGUGGCAUU